UUUUGACCCAUUCGUUUUUCCGUAGUCAUUUCAGUGGCGGUCAGAAUCAUGUGUCAUCGAUUGCUUUGCUGUGAACAUGAUUGUAUUUACAUUGCUUAUAAGAAUAUAUUAAUGUUUUGAAUCAGUUUGUGUAUACGUAUGCAAUUUAGAAGACGAGCCUAAUUGCGGAGUUUAUUGUUAGUCGUCGUUUAUCUGGGUUCAGCAAUGCCUGCUUUUCGCCAGGUCGGGGAGAAACAGCUCCCCAACCCCAUUCUGUACAUGGCCUGGUCUCCUAACAGAGAUCUGAUCGCCCUGGCUAACACUGCAGGAGAGCUUCUCCUGCAUCGCCUUGCCAACUUUCAGCGGGUCUGGAGUUUACUGCCCAAUGAGAACACAGGAAAAGAGAUCACAUCACUGGCCUGGAGACCUGAUGGGAAAGUCCUGGCAUUCAGUGUGGGAGACACAAAGCAAGUGGUGCUGUGUGAUGCAGAGAAGGCAGAAAUCCUCCACCUGUUCCCUGUUGAAUACCCAGCGUCCUGCAUGCACUGGAUGGAGGUGCAAGAUGACAGCAGCACGUUGUCUUCAUUCAGCGAGUCUGAAGAUGAGUCCAGUCGUUUUCUUCCAAAGUUACCCACUUUACCUAAGAGCUACAGCACCACAUCAAAGAUAUUUAGUGAAGAGAAAUCAGAUGAAGUCACAAAUCUUUUGGGGGAAGUGAGGCUCAAUAUCCUGGUGGUGGGAGGACCUUCUGGAUUCGUGGAGCUGUAUGCGUAUGGACUGUAUAAGAUUGCUACGCUGAGUGGAAUCUCAGGGACGUGCCGUAGUCUUGGGCUCUCUAGUGACCUCAAGUCCCUCUCUGUUAUUACAGAGAUUAAAUCUGCAGAAGACAGCCCUGAGAUACAUUACAUACAGCUGGACACUGGACUGCUGUCUUCUUGUUUGCCUGAGCUGACCAAGAUGGCACGCAAGUUUACACACAUUUCCACGCUGCUACAGUAUCUGCGUCUCUCUCUCACCUGUAUGUGUGAAGCAUGGGAGGAAAUUCUUAUGCAGAUGGACCUUCGCCUCACUAAGUUUGUCCAGGAAAAGAAUACGAGCACUCAGGUUCAAGAUGAGUUUCUGGAGCUACUGUUAUGGGGCCAUGCCAGCCCUGAACUUCAGGCCCUUCUUAUGAAUCAACUCACAGUCAAGGGCUUGAAGAUGUUGGGUCAGUCCAUCGAUUCUUCCUAUUCCAGCAUCCAGAAACUUGUUAUCAGUCACUUGCAGAGUGGCUCUGAGGCGCUGCUGUAUCAUCUGAGCGAGGUCAAAGGCAUGGCGCUCUGGAAGCAGAAGUUUCAGCCUCUCGGCUUGGAUCCUGCAGCCAUCGAGGAUGCCAUCGUAGCUGUGGGCUCCUUCACCCUGAAGGCCAGUGAACUUUUACAAGUUAUUGAUAAGAGUAUGAAGAACUUCAAAGCCUUUUUCAGAUGGCUUUAUGUUGCAAUGCUUCGUAUGUCAGAAGACCACGUUCCUCCUGAGCUUAACAAGAUGACUCAGAAGGAUCUGGCCUUUGUGGCCGACUUCCUGUCCGAACAUUUCAGUGCUAAUGAAGAGCUGUUUGAUCGGAAAGGGAAGUAUUUCAACGUUGAGCGUGUCGGACAGUACUUGAAGGAUGAAGAUGAAGACUUGAUAUCUCCACCCAACAUGGACGGCAACCAGUGGGUGACAUUUGUAAAGCAGAGCACUCACCUGAAAGACAGUCCGCUGCUCUUCCCCACGUACCCACAGAAGUCUCUGCACUUUGUCAAGAGAAUGAUGGAGGGGUCCAUUGAUCUGUGCUUACAGAAACCAGCCGAGGUGAUCGGGCAUUCAGUAAAACAAGCUGUGUGUUUGCGAUUGUACACUGUUCCUGAGAGCUCUGAAAAUGCACCGAGAUUGUUUGAGCUGCCUUCGCUGUGGAAUGAUAAGAAGGCUGGAAUGCAUUAUGUAGUGUUCUGCAUGCCAGAGAUCUCGCCCUCCAAAAUCUAUAUUCUGAGAAAAGCAACAGACCCCAACAGGUCUGUCCCUAAUGGUCUGGUGGCCCUAAACCUCAGCGCUCCUCUCAAUUCUAGUAUAGAUGAUGAAACACCUGCGCCGACCUCUGCCGACAGCUCCUACAGUUGCCUUGAUGCCCGUUUUUAUGACGACGAGACAUUAACAGUGGUAUUGCGAAGUCGGGAAGAUGACGAGAAUAAGAUGCGCGUCCUUGCUCAGCUUCAUCUAAACUCUGUUUUGAGCUGGGAUGAAGAGUUCACCUGGGACCUUACACUUAGGCUGGAGCAGCAGACUGAAGGGAUCCCAGUCCAGGGUUUGUCCUGGGGAAACCAGAGCAGAGAGAUGGACAACCUCAAAGCUCAGUUUGUAGCAGUUAAUGGGAUCCGCAAGGUGGCCUGCGUGCUCAGUGCCAAUCUGAGACAUGUACGUGUGUACGAGAUGGAUGCAGAGGAGGAAGAGGAGGACGAAGAGCGUGCUGAUGAGUCACAGGAAAUGAGCUCAGACCAGGACAGACUUGAGGACACAAUGACAAAUCAGAGUGAUGCUGGGGAAGGUGGAGAUGGAGCAGGAGGGGCUGAAGAUGCUCAGGCGGCAGGUCAAGGGUCAGGAGACAUUUUGGAUGAGACUGCAGAAUCAGACACGCUUUGAACUCUGACCUGAGAUCCAACAUGUUCUCCACAACUGAACUAUGGACUCCUCUGUUAUUUCUGGUCUUGUUCUUUUUAUAUUAACAAUGUUUUGUGAUAAAGAGUAUCUGUUGAACAUUUCAUAUUCUCAUUUUAAAAUAAAUGGAUUAAGUGUACAAUAA